CUGAUAUGCCCUGAAGUGGCCCUCAGGCCACACACACAGUUUGCGACCCCGGUUUGAGGCCGCACAGGCCACCGAGAGAAGUUCCCUUGUUGACCCAGGGCCUGUGCGCCUGACAUUUGACUUUGGUCAACUGCCCAGCGGGCCAAGAGUCAAAGUCUGUAUGUACCCAGCCCAGGCCGUCGGUCAGACACACGCACUUGUUGGUAUGCAGGUACCAAGACAGCAACAGGACCAAGUGAAAGUCUGCUACUGUACGCAAUCGAGGCCCUCGGCUGGGAGUCAAUCUGGGCUACCGUGGGUGGGAGACCUGAGGCAGGCUGGACGCUGGCUAAGCGCUGGCACUGUGGACGACGAUGCGGGACUGAGGCAGCACGCUGACGCCUUCUCUGCUGAGCGCCAGCCUAUGCUGAUGUGGCGCAUGCCACCUGUCUUCAUUGCUGAUGUGGUGCAUGUCACCUGUCUUCAUUGCUGAUGUGGUGCAUGUCACCUGUCUUCAUUGCUACUGUGGCGCAGGCCACCUGUCUUCAUUACUGAUGUGGCGCAUGCCAUUUGUCUUCAGUGCUGAUGUGGCAUUCGCCACGCUGUCUACACUGGGUGAUUGGACGCGACAAGGAGGGAGAUUGGGAACUGUGGAUGAUUGAUUGGGAUCUGGAUACUUACCUGAGGUUGACGUCGAUACUGUGCGCUGCUGAUUGUCUCCAUCAUCUUCACGAGGGAACAGUGCCACGUGGCACCUCAAUGUGAUCAGGAACUUUCAGGCUCGUUAUUGGAUACUGUUUGAUGACGUGGAGGCGAGGGGAAGCCUGGAGAAGGAGUAGGGAAUGUUGGGCUAUCCUCUUGAUGGUCAUUGAUAUUAUUAUCUCUUCCACCCUCUAAACUGUCUAUUCCCCCUCACCUCUCUUCGUCCUCUGGAAACGAGACAUUGUAUCAGAUAUCACAUUCAUGAUUAUUGGAGACGUUGAUCUGAGUUGAGUUACUCGGUACUUCGACAUUUGGCGAGUAUCUUUCAGUCUGGGUUCAUUGCAGUAGCCAAUAGUGAUUUUACGUCCUUCAGGCCCCCCGA